AUGUCGACAGAACAUCGGUCUCUGAAAGCAUGUUUAAUAAUGGACCAGCGAAAAAAUGUAAAAUGCUCGCUGCAUUUUUUACUGUUCAGCCUCCUUUUGGGUGUUUCAUUUGGAGAAGUCCGUUACGUCCUUCCCGAGGAGAUGCAGCGGGGGUCGCUUAUCGGGAAUGUUGCACGAGACCUGGGGCUGGAAGUGAUGGAGCUUGACGCUCGUCGAGCCCGUGUUGUUGCUGAAGGAACUAGCCAGCUGUGUGAACUGGACACUGCGUCAGGCAGUCUUUUGAUCAGCCAACGGAUAGACCGAGAGGAGCUCUGCGCGCAAGCCACUGACUGCAUCCUACAGUAUCAGCUCUUGCUUGAAGAUCCCCUUCAAGCAUACAGCUUAGUUUUGGAUAUUGCGGAUAUAAAUGACAACAGCCCAGUGUUCGCUGCAAGGGAGAUAAAACUAGACUUGGUAGAAUCCACAGUUCUGGGGAGACGCUUUCCCCUGGAGAGCGCGCAUGACCCCGAUCUGGGAACCAACGCCGUCCGUGAAUAUAAACUGAGCCCGAAUGAUCACUUUGCACUUGAAAUGAGCACCCAAAUAAAUGGGAAUACGUAUCCGGAGCUAAUUCUCAAAAAACCCUUGGACCGGGAGGCACAAGCUGAACAUGUACUGAAAAUCAAUGGGAUUGACGGGGGGAAUCCAGUCAGAUCAGGAACGGCUUCAAUCUAUAUCCGUGUUCUGGACGCCAAUGAUAAUGUCCCAGUUUUUAGCCAACGAGUUUACAAAGCCUCUGUGGCAGAGAACUCGGCCGUAGGGACUGUCAUAGCAACGCUGAAUGCCACUGACUUGGAUGAAGGCGUUUAUGGAGAGAUAACCUACUCUUUCAGUCACCUGUCAGACAAGAUGGGGGGAGUUAUUGAAAUUAACCCUCUGAGUGGAGAAGUUCGGGUGGCAGGUCCUAUUGACUAUGAAGAGGCUGUUACGCACGAGCUGGAUGUUCAGGCUAAAGAUGGAGGUGGUCAGGCAUCUCACUGUAAACUUGUAAUUGACGUCAUUGAUGUAAAUGACAAUAAACCUGUGAUAGAGAUAAAAUCAGCCUCUGCUAACGUGGCUGAAGACUCUAAACCAGGAACUAUGGUCGCUCUGAUAAACGUGUAUGACCUGGACACUGGGAGCAGUGGGCGCGUCACGUGUACAAUCUCAGAUAAUGUCCCAUUUAAUUUUGUCUCAGAGGUCAAAAACUACUACAUGUUGGUGACUGACGGAAUACUAGACAGAGAGUUUCAGCCAGAGUACAACAUCACAAUUACUGCCACUGAUGCGGGCUCUCCCCCUCUCUCUGGUGUGAAAGUUAUAACAAUCGUAGUUAAUGAUAUAAAUGACAACCCCCCGACUUUUACGCAGAGUCAGUACGAUGCCAGCAUUUUGGAAAACCAACCCGUUGGCACCUUAGUGAUGAAAGUGAAAGCAGAGGACAUUGAUGACGGGUCCAAUGCUAAAAUAAUAUACCAAAUAUCAAGCGACACAAACUCAGAAGUGUCCUCCUUCCUUGCCAUCAACUCACACACAGGGGAGCUGUUCACAUCACGGCUCUUUGAUUACGAACAGUCAGUUCAUUUCCAAAUUAAGGUGACAGCUCGAGAUGGAGGCGACCCUCCACUCUCCAGCGCCUGCACUGUAAACGUUUUUAUUAAGGACCAAAAUGACAAUGCACCUGUGGUCCUAUAUCCUGUCCAAACCAGCGGGUUCAUUGCUGAGGAUAUGGUGCCAUCUGAAGCGCCUCGAGGUUACCUGGUUACUAAGGUGGUAGCUGUGGACGCCGACUCUGGCCAUAACGCCUGGCUUUCCUACAGAAUCAUCAAAGCAACGCGGCCCAACCUGUUUGUGGUCGGUCUGCAUACAGGAGAAAUCAGAACCGUGCGAGAAUUCAUGGAGGGCGAUGAACCGAAACAGACUGUUUUAGUUUUAGUUACGGAUAACGGGCCCGAAUCGCUCUCCGCCACUGUUACAGUCAGCAUAGUAAUUGGAGACGGGCUGCCUGUUUUGAACGAACUUUUUGAGUUUGCACAUGAAUCACAGGACAGCGAUCACUUAACGCUCUGUUUGAUUAUCGCCCUGGCGGCCGUCUCCUCUCUUUUCAUCCUUUUAAUCAGUGGAGUUUUUUACUUUAAGCUCUGCCGGCGUGGUUAUGUUUACCGCUCCGCCGCCACCAGUCUCCCCGUUUUCCCCACAGCCUACUGCCCCCCCAGUUUCACAGAUUUAAGCCGUUGUGGGACCCUCCUGAAAGAUGAGCGGUAUGAUUCCUUCUUGACCACUGGGUCAUGGAGAGGCGAUUUUCGGUUCGGGUCAAACACAGACACUGACACACUAAAGAAAAGAAGUGCAGCCUAUCAAAAAAGCACCCUAAGGCGCGCUAGUACAGAUAGAGCUACUCUGAAGGUGAGGGCAGGUGCACCGCAUCCUUGUUAUGUGGUCAAGUGA